UGCCCAACUAUUUAGUAUAGCAAUAACCUUCUAGGAGUAAGCAUUUGAAUUAAAGUUAGUAAAAUACGGAAAAGUAGACCACGCGUAGACCCAAUUUUUAUAUCGCCAUGGGUUUGUCACCGUUGUUGAUUAAAUAUCUAGCGUUCCUGUUUAAUUUUCUUUGUGCGGUACUAGGAAUCGUGACUAUCGUGAUCAAUGUAAUCGCAAUAGAGAGCAUUGAUCCAAAGGAUCAACUCAUUUUGUGCAUCUACAUUGCCGUCGGUUCUAUCGUAUUCCUGUUGUCCUUCUAUGGCUGUUUUGGGGCCAUUAAGGAGAGUAUCUGUAUUACCUGGUCGUACGCUAUCUCGAUGCUGGUAAUGCUGCUCAUCUCUAUAGCCCUGCUGUUCGUUUUUCGCAUGCAUUUCGAUGACGACUCUCAUAAUAAACUACAUGAGGCCUUUGCCAAACAGUUGAAAGACCAAGAUGCAAUGUCUAAGUACCAAAUACAAUACGAAUGCUGUGGCAUCAACAAAUUAAAGGAUUACACCGACGCCUCUAUACCCCUUCCCAGUAGCUGUUUUGACAAAAAUGAUUCGCCCUAUAAGGACGGCUGCCUGUCCAAAAUGAAGGCUCAACACGAGGAGCUGUUGACGGGUCCCAAGAUGGUUGGCUGGAUGCUUAUGGUCAUUGAGAUCGGUGCCUUUACUUUCACCACCAUUUUGGGGGUGACUUUGAGGAACGAACAGCGGCGCUCUGAAUACUAAAAAUCUGACUGAUUAGCUGAGUUGAGACUCAUUAGUUAAUAUUAAUAAGAAAAUAAAAAUAUUCUUGCUAAUAGCGUAUUUCUAUAGAUACUGGUUAAUAAAUUAAAUACAUUAAAAUUAAUACAUAUAAUAUUUUGCUUUAAUUGCAAAGCACAGCAUGAGACGUUAGGAAAAAGCCCAUGUGUCAGAGUGAUUCAUCGAAAUCCAUGACAACUGAAAGUAAUAAUCUUUACGCUCACGAAUUGCUAGUUUUAAAUUGUGAAAUUCCAAAAAAUACAUUUUUUUACAAAUUGUAUACGGUGGGAAAUCUGUAAGCUUUAUGGGUUAUCGGGAAUGGUUUUUGAAAAUUCGGAAUCCUUUCUAAUAAAAAAACAGUUGUAAAUUCUUUGGAAAGUGUAAUUAAAAAUUGAACAGCAUGUUUAAACAGUUCAAUCCGUAUGCUAGUUAUUAAAUCUGAACCUUAAUAAAAAAUCGGUUAAAAUGACUA